AUGAGCUUCGCGAUCGAAGUUGCCGGCGAAGCUGCCCCUCUCAGCCAGUGGGAGUUGGUCAAGGCCCUUAGCGGUGCUGCUACUUCCACAGAUCAUUCCCAGAGGCAGUCCGCCGGUCAACAACUCCAAUCGUGGGAGACUCAACCGGAUUUCUAUCUCCAUCUCCAGACCAUCUAUCUCGACACUACGCAGGACAAGCAGGUCCGCUUCCUCGCUAUCAUCUUAAUCAAAAACGGAAUCGAGAAAUACUGGAGACAUCACACCACAAAAAAUGCCAUUAAACCCGAGACGAGACAGGCGAUACGGUCGCGUCUGCUCCAAGGCUCGCUCAACGAAGAAGACAGGAGUCUCGCAUUACACAAUGCCCUCGUUACCGCCAAAAUUGUCAGGAUCGACUACCCACACGAGUGGCCAGACGCCUUCUCCAGCCUCAUCGACAUGACAAAGGCGGCUAUUACAUCCAAUCCGCUGCAGUUGCGGGGCGCUCUCUUGACGAUGCUCCGGAUUGUCAAGGAGCUUGGCACGGCUCGCCUGCGUAAGUCCCAAACAGCCCUGCAGGCUAUCACGCCUGAGCUAGUCCAGCUACUCGGGCACAUCUACACCGAGAAGACAACCUAUUGGCAAGAGUCGUGGUCGAAGGGGAGUAGCGACGAUAACAGCGUGGGAUUCGCCCUCGAAAACAGCCUGAUGGCCCUCAAAAUCUUGCGCCGGUUGGUCACCAUCGGCUACGAACAACCGCAUUUAGACGGUGUGGUUAGCGGGUUUUGGUCGCUGUCUCAAACGCAGUUCGACCAGUUCCUCAAUGGCGUCAGCCAGGACUCGUGGAUUCCAGCGCAGUACCACGACGCGGUCGGCAAACACCUGAUCCAGUUUACCAAACUUCACAUCGACAUGUCUGAGACUCACCCCGCUAGUUUCCCGGUGCUUCCAGGGUCGAUGUCAUUAGUUAGGGCGUACUGGAAUCUAGUCAAGGGGUUCUCCGAGGUGUUCAAGAAGUCCGGGGGCCUGAAGCAAACUUCAAAUACGGCCGUGGGAGGCGGCCCGAAGCAAGAAGGUCCACUCUACGAGAAGCUUGCCCUCAAGGGACUCCUUCUCCUAAGGAGUUGCGUUUCAAUUGCAUUCAAACCGGUUAUGACCUUCAAAUACCGGAGUCCCGAGGCCAAAGAGCUAGAGAAGCAGGCCGUGCAUACUCUUCGGGUAGAGUUAUUUACCAGGGAUACCCUUAUUGACAUGAUGCAGGUCAUUGUCAGUAAGCUAUUCAUAUUCCGCGAGUCGGACCUUGAAGCGUGGGAAGAGGACCCGGAAGGAUGGGAGUCACAGGAGCGGAUUGAGGGUCAGGCGUAUGAAUGGGCCGUACGGCCCUGCGCAGAGAGACUGCUUCUCGACUUGCUCACUCAUUACAAGGAGCUUGGUGAGCCCUUACUUGCGUACUGCAAUCUCGCCACAAGGGUGGACAUGGACAUCGUUACCAAGGAGGCCGCGUACUGCGCUCUAGGCUGCGCCGCCGCGCUCAUCCAUGAAAAGUUUGACUUUGAUCAGUUUCUCACGACUUGCCUGGUCAAAGAUGCCCAGAUCCAGGACCCCAUGGCGAAGCUGCUUCGCCGUCGGAUUGCCAUCCUGUUAAGCCAGUGGACGCCAGUCAAGAUCUCACAAGAGACCCGACCUAUUGUCUACGACAUCCUCCGCCACAUCAUGAACCCUGACGACCAACACAACGACGAAGUUGUGCGCAUAACGGCGGCGCGCCAGCUCAAGUACAUUGCCGAGGAUUUUGAGUUUACUGGUGAAAGCUUUUACCCCUUCGCGAGUGACGUCUUCAACCUUUUGGUCAACUUGAUCGAGGAGGUGGGGAGUGAUGAGACGAAGAUCGCUAUCCUCGAAACGAUCCGGCUCCUUGUGAGCCGCAUGGAGACCCACGUAACGCAGUUUGGAGACGCGAUCAUGCUGACGCUACCGAAACUGUGGGAAUCCCAAGGCGGCGAGGAGUACAUGGUCAAGCAGUCGGUGCUGGCAAUCAUGUCGGCCCUGGUGUCCUCUAUGCGUGUUGAAUCACAGCGGUACCAGGGUGUUAUUAUCCCAUUCCUCCGAGAAGCUAUGAAUCCCGCAUCGCCGCUCCAUCUCUACUUGAUAGAGGAGUCGGUCGAUCUGUGGACGGCCGUUCUAACCCAGAGCUCGCCGCCAUUGCACCCGGACCUCAUACAAAUGGUACACUUGGCCUUGCCCCUCGCGGAAUAUGAUUCAGCGGUGGCAAACCAGUGUCUGGGUAUCGUCAAGGACUACAUUCUCCUCGCGCCGCAAGACAUCCUAGGUGACUCGCUCCGCCGCCCAACCCUCGUGGCAUUGGCCAAGGCGCUCGAUUCGAAAAGCCGAGACCAGUCACAACUCGGCACGAAAUCCAUCGAGCUCAUCAUCCGCGCGGCGGAAGAAUUUGGCGGCUCGCAAGGGGUCUCGCUGGUCGUCCAGGACCUCCUCGAAACCAACGUGCUGCGGACCAUCCUUGAGGGGCUGCAUAGUUCGUGGGAAUCCAGCCAGACCACGGGCCCCAACCGGAAACCGAGCAAAAUCAACACCAUCAAGGAGACGGAUUACUUCGCUAUCCUUGCGCGCAUCGCCCUCGCCGACCCAUCUCUGCUCGUCAGCAUGCUCAGCAGCUUCGGCAGUCCUAUCGACCAGGUCUGGCCCUGGCUCAGCAACCAGUGGUUCGCCAACUUUGACUGCAUGGGGGAUGUCGAGCGCGAAAAGCUCUCCUGUCUGGCGUUAGCCCGCCUGUGGGAGCUGCCUAGCCCGGUGCAAGAUCUGGUGCUGGGCCGUCUGCAGGAUUACCUGUCGAUGUGGACGAGCGUGGUGACGGAGUUGGCCGACGGAACAACUGAGGGCCCGCUUGGGGCAAGUGAUAGCCUUGUUUGGAAUGAGGUCGGCGAGUACGAGUACGACACGCCCCGGGACGUGGCAGAGCGGGAGUUCGUUUUCAAGGACCCGGUACAUCGCGUUGUGACGUAUGACUUUGUCCGGGCGCGGUUGGGGGAUAUGGUGCAGCGGGUUGGUGGCGAGCAGGCGUUUGAGGAGAAUUGGACGGUGAACGUGGAUAGGGAGGUGUUGGCUGGGUUUCAGAGGUUGAGUCAACCUCCCAACCAGGAGGACGGGCAAUAA